AUGUCUUUCCUCUCAGCACUUUGUGGGUGCUUCACCCGCGAUGAGAAAUCCUCGCAGUCCCAUUCAUCCCCGGAGAUGACCCAAAGGCCAAACCCCACCGGCUUCCAGACAGGACAAUUUACACUCUCCGGAGAAGGCGAAUUUAUUCGCUCAGCACCCCCAACCGGGGGCCACGGGCACGGACCCCCACCCUCUGACUCGGAGGAUGCGGGCUAUUCCAGCGUGGUCCCCCUCCCGCAGUACACAGCCCGUCCGAUGAGCCUCCACGAGAAAACUCUAGAAGCCCAUAUGCGUGACCCAUCUAUUUCCUCCGAGUCCCAGAACUCUUACCCCCAUGACGAAAAGAACGCCAAUCGUUAUGACGAAGAUUUCAUCGGCCAUUUCCUUCCCAGCAGCUACGGCAAUACCUCCACUGCAACGAGGGAGACUCCGCCACCGCCAUACUCUCCCCGUCACUCUUCAGUACUGUGUCGCUCGCGGUCCAUCUCCAUUUCGUCUGCUAUGGCGGUCAUCAUCAAUCCGCCGCCUGCUGCCCGCAUGAACGGCUCGCGGACUGGUCCUACAUACUCUGAGGAGGAUGACCGAUCCAUUCGUCGUCAUCGGCGGGUCUCUUGGGAGAGCCGAUGA